UUCGUCCCCGCGGCGUCUCCUUCCUCAGAGCCAUCUCUAAUGGCGGGCGAAGAGCUCCUCCUCCCCACCACCACAAAUAGCAAGGGAAGGGGAGCGGACAAGGAGGAGGAGGCGGAGGAGGAGGAGGAGGAGGAUCAGGUGGUGAACCCAUGGGAGGUGUCGGCGAAGGACGGGGGCCGGAUCGACUACGACAAGCUCGUCGACAAGUUCGGGUGCCAGCGCCUCGACCCCGCCCUCGUGCGCCGCGUCGAGCGCCUCACCAAUCGCCCCGCCCACGCAUUCCUCCGCCGCGGCGUCUUCUUCGCCCACAGGGACUUCAAUGAGAUUCUUGAUCUAUACGAGAGAGGGGAGAAGUUUUACUUGUAUACCGGUAGGGGGCCGUCGUCGGAGGCGCUGCAUUUGGGGCACUUGGUGCCAUUUAUGUUCACAAAGUAUCUGCAGGAUGCUUUUAAGGUGCCUCUUGUAAUACAGCUAACUGACGACGAGAAGUGCAUGUGGAAGAAUUUAUCGGUGGAAGAGAGUAAAAGACUUGCUCGCGAGAAUGCAAAAGACAUAAUUGCUUGUGGAUUUGACAUUACCAGGACUUUUAUUUUCUCGGAUUUUAGUUAUGUUGGUGGUGCCUUCUAUGAGAACAUGGUUAAAGUUGCAAAAUGUGUGACAUUCAAUAAGGUUGUUGGGAUAUUUGGCUUCACACCUGAGGAUCAUAUUGGGAAAAUUAGCUUCCCUCCUGUUCAGGCAGUCCCUUCAUUCCCUAGUUCGUUUCCGCAUCUCUUCACUGGCAAAGAUAAUCUGCGGUGUUUGAUACCUUGUGCUAUUGACCAGGAUCCUUAUUUCCGAAUGACUCGUGAUGUUGCGCCAAGGAUAGGUUAUCAAAAACCUUCACUAAUUGAAUCGAUAUUCUUCCCUGCUCUUCAGGGUGAGACAGGAAAAAUGUCAGCUAGUGAUCCAAAUUCUGCAAUAUAUGUGACAGAUUCCUCCAAAGAUAUAAAGAAUAAGGUGAAUAAAUAUGCCUUCUCAGGUGGUCAGGACUCUAUAGAAAACCACAGAAAAUACGGAGCUAACCUGGAGGUGGAUAUUCCGUUCAAGUAUUUAAGUUUCUUUCUUGACGAUGAUGAUGAGCUUGAGCACAUAAGAAAGGAGUAUGGAGCUGGAAGGAUGUUGACUGGUGAAGUCAAAAAGCGUCUCAUUGAGAUCCUUUCCGAAAUGGUUGAGAGACAUCGGAAGGCUCGGGCAGCAGUAACUGACGAGAUGGUCGACACAUUCAUGGCGGUGAGGCCUCUUCCUCGUAUGUUCGGCUAAUUACAGAAACCCGCAGAAACCUGCAACCAUCAGUGGUCUAGUUGAAGGGUUUAUUACUCGAAGAAUGGAAACAUUGGGUUUGUGUUUCCUGUUUUACGAUAAAGAUUUUGUUGUUAUUGAUUGAUUCUGAUCAAAUCGGGGGAUUAUCAGGUAGUAGUGGUCUUGCGGAGUCUCCAUGUUUUGUAGAAUCAGGAUAUGAGAGUGUGUUAAUAUUGUUUUCUCGCGUAUUUAUUUGCCACAAAGUGAAUCAUCAUAUGGUCUUAAAGCAUUGAUGUGCUCCUGCUUAGCAUGAUCCAGUUUACGAACUGAUUCGACUUGUUCUAACCUUAACCUGGAACAAAAAUACGGUUAAGGUGAUUCCGAGUUGAGUCGAGUGAGUUUUGGACCGAAUUGAAACCGGAGCUAGGGUUUUCGACCGGAGCAUGAGCCAAUUGUGUGGAUAGAUGAACCUAAACUGGACCCAAAUUGAUUCAGUUGGGCCAACUUUUCUGUACGAAAGGAAAUGAUUAUGAUUUUA